AUGGCCAAAUGUCCGUCGGGUGUUUUUGCUCGAUCAAUUUGCGCGGCUGGAUGUAUGAAAAACGAGAAAUGUGUGCCGAUUCAGAAUGAAAUGUGGUGUUGUCCCACACUUCCCGAGGCCAGGAAUCGUGAAAUGCAGUGCUCGACGAGUGGAGCGUUUUCGUGAGUGGUUUCAGACGGGGAUUUUCUUUGAAUUUGACUGGAAAGUUAGGGAUAUUGUUAGCAUUUUCCACAAUUUCUCGAAAAAAUAUCAAAAAUUUUUGAAACAGUGAAUUUUUUUUUUGAAAAAAAUUCUGACACGUGGAAAUAUUGAUUGAAUUUUUUAUUCACAAAAAAAAACUACGUGGCAAAACUAUUUUUGAAUUCAACAUUUAAAAAAACUUUUUGAUAGCAUUUUUCACAAAAUUUAAAAAAAUAUAUUUAAAAAUUUUGAAACAGUGAAUUUUUAUUUGAAAUUUUUUUAAGUUUUUUUUCUCAAUAUUUUAUUCGACACGUAGAAAUUUUAUUGAAUUUGUCGGCCCUAAAAAUCCACGUGGCAAAACUAUUUUUGAACUUGAAUUUUUAUUCAGAAUACUAAUUGUCUGUAAAAUUUCUCGAAAAAAUAUCAAACAUUUUUGAAACAGUUAAUUUUUUUUUGAGAAAUUCUUCGUUUUUUCUCACAACGUUUUUUGACACGUGGAAAUAUUGAUUGAAUAUAAUCCACGUGGCAAAAAAAUACAGAUUAACAAUUUUCAGAAGCUUACAGUCACACUUACGCCUAUCAAUUUUCACAGUUUCUCGAAAAAAAUAUUAAAAAAUUUUGAAACAGUUAAUUUUUUUUGGAGAAAAAUUCUGACACGUGGAAAUAUUGAUUGAUUUUUUUGUCCAAUUCAAUUCCACGUGGCAAAACUAUUUUUAUACUUGAAUUUUUAUUCAGAAUACUAAUUGUCCAUAAAAUUUCGAGAAAAACGAGUAAUUUCCAGGUAAUUGUUCCUGAUGAUGGUAUAAAUUACCGAAACGUUGGUAAAUGAAAUAAAAAAAUUUUUGAAACAGUGAAUUUUUUUUCUCAAAAAAUUCAUAGUUUUUUCUCACAAAUUUUUGACACGUGGAAAUAUUGAUUUCAUUAUCGAUUUUAAUAAAGCAGUUUCACAAUUUUUUUUUAAAAAUCAAAAAAUUCUGAAACAGUAAUUUUUUUUGAGAAAUUCUUCGUUUUUUCUCACAAAGUUUUUUGACACGUGGAAAUAUUGAUUGAAUAAAAUCCACGUGGCAAAAAUUCAUAUUAACAAUUUUCAGAAGACAUGUGAGAAAUGGGAUCACUUUUCACAGUUUCUCGAAAAAAAUAUUUAAAAAUUUUGAAACAGUGAAUUUUUUUUUGAAAUUUUUUAAAGUUUUUUUCUCAAUAUUUUAUUCGACACGUUGAAAUUUUAUUGAAUUUUUUUGACGCUACAAAAUCCACGUGGAAGAACUCUUUUGAAUUUGAAUUUUUUUGAGGUCACCAUUUUCCACAAUUUCUCGAAAAAAAUAUAAAAACAUUUUGAAACAGUGAAUUUUUUUCAGAAAAAUUCUUAGUUUUUUCUCAAUAUUUUAUUUGACACGUGGAAAUAUUGAUUGAAUAAAAUCCAGGUGGCAAAAAUUCAGAUUAACGAUUUUCAGAAGACAUGUGAGAAAUGGCAUUAUCACUUUGAAUAUAUAUAUUGAUUUCAUAUGUAUUGAAUGAACAUUUUCCACUAUUUCUCGAAAAAAAAAUCAAAAAAUUCUGAAACAGUGAAUUUUUUCAGAAAAUUUUUAGUUUUUCCUCAAUAUUUUAUUUGACACUCGCAACUAUUCAUUGAACAUUUUUCACAAUUUCUCGAAAAAUAUUUAAAAAUUUUGAAACAGUGAAUUUUUUUUUGAGAAAAAUUCUGAUUUUAUUUGACACGUGUAAAAUUUAUUGAAUUUUUUUGACGCUACAAAAUCCACGUGGCAAAACUAUUUUUGAAUUUAAUGUUCUAUUUAUAUUUUGAGUUGACAUUGUCCAUAAAAUUUCGAGAAAAAUAUCAAAAAAUUUUGAAACAGUGAAUUUUUUCUUCUCAACUUUUUGGAAUAUUUCCACCAAAAAAUCCACGUGUCAAACAAAAUUUUCUUUGCAGAUCCGGCGAUCGUUGUGAUCCACAAUUUCCAACAACAACAUGUCCAUCCGGCUCGACGUGUGAGCUCAAUCAAGAGCAAACCGCGCACAUUUGCUGUUUUCCCGCCGCCGAAAAUUCGAGAAAUAAAGGUACUGUAGUGAGUUGUUGGGGUACUGUAGAUAAAAAAAAUUUUCAGGUCAAAAGAAGAAGCCCACUUUUAUCCCCGUGAUUUUGCCAUCAACUUCUACUGAAAUUUCAACGUUUCCAGAGGAGGAAUUGGGAGAGACUAUGUGAGUUUGGAAGGGGCCUUAGGGGGCCUAAGGGUUUUAGGGCCUUAGGAGGCCUCAGAGGGCCUUAAGAACCCUUUUUCCAGCCUAACAUGCCUCGAUGGCUCGCAAGUGCUCUUCGAAAACAACCUGAGCGUAAUGUGUCCAAAACUCGGCGAGCCCUGCAAAAAAGCCGGAUUCAUUUGCCAACUCUCCGACCUGGAUGACGUGUUUAUUUGUUGCUCGGCUGCUCCGAAAUUGAUUCCCGAAGUGGAAAAACAAUCGGAAAUUCAGCCGAGUUGUCCAUUUUCAUAUGUUCCAGCGAAGAAUCCGGGAAAUUUGAGUGAAGUUCAUCGAUGUUUGACGUUGUUCUCGUUGGAGUAAGUGAGAGGGGUACUGGAAAUGCGUCAGUGAAAUACUAAGUUACCAGAAACACGUCAGUAAAGUUUCCGAGCUACCAGAAAUGCGUCAGCUAAUUUCCAGGCUGCUAGAAAUGCGUCAGUGAAUCUUUGAGCUACCAGAAAAACGUCAGUAUAGCUUCUAGGGUACGAGAAAUGCGUCAGUAAACCUCUGAGCUGCAAAAAUUGUGUCAGCAAUUUUCUGAGCUUCCGGAAAUGCGUCAGUUAACCUUUAAGAUACCGAAAAUGCGUCAGUUAAAUCCUAGGCCACCAGAAAUACGUCAGCAAAGCUCUAACCCAAGCGUCAGUAAAGUUACCAAGCUACCAGAAAAGCGUCAGCACACCUAUCUGCUAGCCCAAAUUUUAUACGUUUCAAAAACUCCCCAACUAAAAAACCUCAUGAUUUCAAUGAUCCAUCCAAUAUUUUUUGGUGACGUAUUUCUCGUGCUGGCGUAAAUUUCGUAGGCUCUCUGAAAUCCGUCAGUAAACAUUCAAGCUACCAGAAAUGCGUCAGCACACAUAUUUGCUGGCGCAAAUUUUGUAGAUCAAAUUUCAAAUUUUGCAGCUGUCCAUUCGGCUUCACCUGUCUACCAUCUUCAACAACCGACAGUUAUUUAUGCUGCCAAAGAAAACCGCUUUGA